GCUGUUUUAUCGUAUAAAACAUAAACCAAACGUCAAAUAGUAGCGUAUUCUAAUCAAAUGAAAGAAAUAUGCAAUAAUUAUAAUAUACUAAUCUUUGCCUACACUUACUGACUCCCCUCCUCCAUAAAUUAAUCAAUUCCACUUGAAUCGAUAUUUCAAUAGAUUUAGAGGUUCAAUUCUUGAUUAAUUGAAACCAUGAUCCCACUUUUAGCUAUGUGUGUGUCCCUUUUUGUGUUGAUAAUUCCUUCAAUAAUCUUUUACAAAUUAUGCUGGAUUCCUCUUCAUCUUCAACGUUUGAUGGAAUCUCAAGGAAUCAGAGGUCCUCCUUACAGAUUCUUCCAUGGCAGCACCAAGGAGAUUAUCAAGAUGGAGCAGCAAACAAAUGAUGCAGCUGCCAUGCACUUAUUAGAUCAUGAUAUAUUUCCAAUAAUUCAGCCUCACUUCAACUCUUGGAUUAAAUUAUAUGGAAACAAUUUUCUUCAUUGGAUUGGCACUGACCCUGAAAUUGUUAUUACUGAGGCUGAGUUGAUCAAAGAAAUUCUCACCAACAAACAAGCUACUUUUCCAAAAAUUACACCAAAAAGUUACUUCAUCAAAUUGUUUGGAGAUGGACUCGUUGUGGCAGAAGGUGAAAAAUGGUCUAGGCUUAGGAAAUUGUCUAAUCAUGCCUUCCACGGAGAGUGCCUCAAGGACAUGGUACCAGCAAUGGUUGCUUGUGUUGAAACCAUGCUUGAGAAAUGGAAGACUCACCAUGGCAGAGACAUCGAGGUCUGCAGCGAAUUCAAGCAUCUUAGCUCCGAAGUAAUUUCAAGAACAGCUUUUGGAAGUGGCUAUUUGGAGGGGAGAAAGAUAUUUGCUAUGUUGUCUAAGCUUGGUAUAUUGAUUUUCAGAAAUAGGCUUAACAUCAGAUUUUUCAGCCUUGGAAAAUUUAUAAGAACACAGGACGACAUCGAAGCAGACAAAACAGAGCAGUUGCUUCAUGAUUCUAUCAUGGAAAUAGUAAACAAGAGACAGUUGGAAGUUCAAAGUGGCAAGGCAGACAGUUUUGGUAGUGAUUUUCUAGGAUCACUCCUAAGAUCUCACCACGACACGAAUCCGAAAAACCAGAUAUCAGUAGCUGAAAUCAUUGAUGAAUGCAAAACAUUCUAUUUUGCUGGACAAGAAACAACUUCCAGUUUACUAACAUGGGCCACAUUUCUCCUUGCAACCCACACAAAGUGGCAAGACAGAGCCAGAGAAGAGGUGUUGCAGCUAUUUGGUCAACAAAACCCCAAUUCAGAUGGUCUUGCCAGAUUAAAGACUGUUAACAUGAUAUUAUAUGAAACACUGAGGCUAUACAGCCCUGUCACUCUUAUUUUAAGGAGAAUAGGCAGCAGAGUGAAGUUGGGAAAAUACGAGCUCCCUGCAAAUGUAAGAGUGGUUAUUCCGCCUCUAGCCCUCCACCGGAAUCCUGACAUAUGGGGGCGGGAGGCUCACCUUUUUCAACCGGAAAGAUUUGCUCAAGGGUUGGCUAAGGCAACGAAUGGCAACCCCACAGCCUUCCUGGGAUUUGGGUUUGGACCGCGAACAUGUGUAGGCCUCAACUUGGCCAUCAGUGAGGCGAAGAUAGCGCUCUCAAUGAUCCUUCAACGCUAUAAGUUCACACUGGCAUCGGACUAUGUUCACUCGCCUUUCAUACACCUCAGUGUUCGGCCUCAAUGUGGAGUUGUGAUCUUGCUUCAGCCGCUGUGAAAUAAGUUAGUUGAAUGUCAUAACUCAUCACAAUCUGAGGAAACGGACUUGUGUAGGUGUUUGCAUAAAUGAUAGCAUUAUGUUUGUGAGAAAAUGUUUCUUUUGUCUAAAGUUGGUCUGAUUGUAUAAACUUAUAAUUAAGACAAGACGAAAAAUAUAAAUGGUGAAUUAGAGAAA